AUGGUGAUUGUUACAACAUCUAUUUCAUCAUCAUAUCUCCACGUUCAAAUCCUUCCUUUCUGCAAGCCCAUUUCACCAUUCCUGAAACAUUUCAACCAAAUCUACACCAAUUAUAAAAGACCCAGUAGACAAGAAGUGCAGAACUCGAAUGGGGCCUUAUCAGUUACAGCCUACAUGGAGAAUCCAAACUCAAUCUCCAGUUUUGCCAGCAAAGUGAUUGGUUCUCUCCCUGUUUUUGGCCUUGUAGCUAGGAUUCUCAGCGAUGAAGGUGGCGUUGGAGAUGAUAUUAUAGAUUUUGCAGAGUUUAGAAGGAGAGUGGGCAAGAAAUGCACUGUUACUGAUUCUAGAGCUUUCUAUGAAUUCCAGGAUAGACGUGGCCGGGCAGGGGAUCCUUUGUAUGUUCUAUUAUGCUGUUGGCUAGCAGCUGUUGGUGCUGGUCUUCUCAAAUCCGAAGAGAUUUUGGAGGGGGUAGCAAGGCUUCAGCUAUCAAAUGAUAUCGAGUUCGAAGAGGAGAAUUUCUUAGCAUUAAUGAACGACGCAAAAGAGAAACGAGCAAAAAUGAAGACUGCAGCCCCUGCUAUCCCCAUGGAGAUACGAGCUGAGAAGGCACUUGAGGCCAUUUACAUCUGCUGUUUUGGGAGGGAUCUUAUGGAAGAAGAAGACCAGAGACUGCUGAACAUAAUGCUGAGUUCAGUUUUUCAAUCGGUGGAGCAGCGUGAAAUACAAAGGAUUGUUGCAGAGAAGGCAAGAAAAGUGGCUGAUGGCAGUGACGAGGUAAAUGUUCAAGGGCCAAAGGCCUUACCAAAAGAAGCUGUACAGUUGCAAAUGAAAGACCUUCAAUUCCUUAAACAAAAUAGAGAAAUUUGA